UCUAAAUUUACUGAGGUCUACCAGGGCUAUGGGUUUAGUAAAAGGUCCGUAUAGAGUAACCCGACGGGUGGCUCAACUUUUUAGUAUAAGAAAUUAUUCAGAAAUAAGUUCUCUAAGAGAUCUUGAUAUUAAAUGGUCUCGAAUAUGGCGAGAUCAAUCACCUACAAAUUCAUUACAUCCUACAAAACAUUUAAUUUCUAAAGAUUCUCCGAAAUUUUAUGGAUUAUCUAUGUUUCCUUAUCCUUCUGGGAUCUUACAUUUAGGUCAUUUAAGAGUUUAUACAAUUAGUGAUGUAGUUGCAAGAUAUAAACGUCUUAAAGGUUAUAAUGUAAUUCAUCCAAUGGGAUGGGAUGCCUUUGGAUUACCAGCAGAAAAUGCAGCCGUUGAACAUGGAAUUGAUCCAAUUAUAUGGACAGAAACAAAUAUAGCUAAAAUGAAAGAUCAAAUGAAUCUUAUGUUAGCAGAUUUUGAUUGGGAUAGAGAAAUAUCUACUUGUUCACCAGAUUAUUAUAAAUGGACUCAAGAAAUAUUUUUAUUAUUAUAUGAGAAUGGAUUAGCAUAUAGAAAAGCGGCUGAAAUCAAUUGGGAUCCUGUAGAUCAAACUGUAUUAGCCAAUGAACAAGUUGAUGCCGAAGGAAGAUCAUGGAGAAGUGGAGCUAAAGUAGAAAAGAAACAUUUAGAACAAUGGUUUAUUGGAAUUACUAAAUAUGCUAAAGAAUUAAAUGCCGAUUUAAAAACUUUAAAUCAAUGGCCAGAUAAAGUUAAAGCCAUGCAAAGGAAUUGGAUUGGAGAAUCUCAUGGAGCUGAGAUUCAAUUCCCAUCAACCAAUAAAGAAAUCCCAUUAGUAACGGUAUUUACUUCAAGACCUGAUACUUUAUUUAGUGUACAAUUCUUAGCAAUAUCAAUUAAUCAUCCAUUAGUUGAACAAUAUAUUGCGACUGAUUGUAAAUUACAAGAAUUCUUACAAUCAGUAAAGGAUGCUGAACCUGAUUCCAAAGAAGGAUAUAAGUUACCUGAGGUUAAAGUAACUAUACCAAUUGAUAUAAAUAAUAAUAAAUCACAAGUAUUUGAUAUUCCAGUCUAUGUAGCACCUUAUGUAUUAGGAACUUAUGGUCAUGGAGCAGUUAUGGGAUGUCCUGGACAUGAUAUAAGAGAUUAUGAAUUCUGGAUAAAACAUAAUCCUAAUCAACCAGUUCUUCAAGUAGUUGGAGUUAAAGAUACUAUUAAUGAAUCUACUCCUAUACCAUAUACUGAUAAAUCAGGUAUAUUAUAUGAUCGAAGUAUAUUAACAACUAAUGGUAUAAGUAAUCUUGGACAAUAUCAUGGUAAAUCUGUUAAAGAAGGUGGACAAUUAAUAAUUAAGAAUCUUGAACAAACAGGAUUAGGAAAGAAAUCUAUUCAAUUUAGAAUUAGAGAUUGGUUAAUUAGUAGACAAAGAUAUUGGGGAGCACCUAUUCCCAUGAUUCAUUGUGAUUCAUGUGGAACUGUACCGGUACCUCAUGAACAACUUCCUGUAUUAUUACCAUCAACUGAAGGAUUUGAAUUUGGGAAGGGUAAUCCCUUAGCUAAAUCACAAGAUUUUCUUAAUACUAAAUGUCCCUCGUGUGGUAGUAAUAGUGCUAAACGAGAUACUGAUACAAUGGAUACAUUUAUUGAUUCGUCAUGGUAUUUCUUUCGAUACUUAGAUGCCCAGAAUACUCAUGAACCAUUUAAUAAAUCCAUUGCUUCGACUUCAAUGCCAGUUGAUAUGUAUGUGGGAGGAGUAGAACAUGCUAUAUUACAUUUAUUAUAUACCCGAUUUAUCUCUAAAUUCUUAGGAGAUAUAGGACUUUGGGAUGGUAACCAAGUUAGAAAUGAACCUAUAAAGAGAUUAGUAACUCAAGGAAUGGUUCAAGGUAAGACAUUUAAAGAUCCGGAUACUGGGAGAUUCUUAAAGCCCGAAGAAGUUGAUUUAUCCAAUGAACCUACAAUCAUUGCUACUGGUAAAACACCAUCAGUAUCGUAUGAAAAGAUGUCUAAAUCCAAAUAUAAUGGAGUUGAUCCUCAGCAGUGUAUAGAGAAAUAUGGUGCCGAUGCCGUUAGAGCUCAUAUGCUUUUCCAAGCUCCAGUAUCAGACGUAUUGAAUUGGAAUGAAGAUCAAAUAGCUGGAGUAGAUCGUUGGCUUAAGAAGGUGUUACGACUCAGUAGAUUAAUUGAAGAGAAACUUGAACUUCAACAGACUAUGGGUAAGUCAGCAGCUCAAGAAAUCAAUUUAACCGAUAUUGAAAUUAAUGGAGUUAGGGGAUCAUUCGCAGUUAGUAAAGCUGAAUUCAAUUUAUUGAAGGAUGUUCAGAGUCAUGUGGAUGAUGUAGAUCAAGCUAUUGAUAUUCAUUUCUCAUUAAAUACCGUGAUAUCUGAUCUUAUGAAGAUGACUAAUAGAAUUACGGAAGCUAUACAACAAGAAGAAGUAAUUAGUCAACCGAUAUUGGUUGAUUCAUAUAGAAAAUUAUUAAUUUCUAUGGCCCCUGUAGCUCCAGCCACUGCUGAAGAGAGUUGGCAAUUAUUAUUAAGUCAAGUACUUAACCAACCAUGGCAAUCUAUAUUCCAUGAACAGUUCCCAAUUGCUCAAGAGUUUAAAUCACCAUUCGUUAGUGUUAAAGUGAUUGUGGAUGGGAAAGUUCGUGAUGUAUUAGAUGUGGAAGAAUCAUUUCUUGAGGCCGAUGAGGAGACUCUUGUGAGACAACUAGGCAAAUAUAUUGGUGAUAGGGUAGUUAAGAAGGUUAUUACUAAGUCGGGAAUGGUGAGUAUAGUGACUCAUAGGUAACAAGUAACUGAAAGAGUACUAAUAGUAACAGAGUAACAGAGUAACAGAGUAUUCAGAGUACAGUUACUCUCUUGUAUAUACUACAUAAUCUUGUACAUACACUCUUAAUAGAUGUCUAAUUAUAUACAGG